CUUUCGCUCUCCACGUUAGCAUCGUUGAUUAGACGAGCAGGGAACAGGAAUUCACCAAUAAACUAACAGUUUGACAGUUUUGUCAGUUCAGUUGGAUAAUUGUAUGCGACACUGCGCUUAGCAUGAUUGUUUGGAGGCGGGAGGGCUUCAGAGAAGCAUAGCAAUGACGAGCUGGCUAACGUAGCGCCGAGGUUAGCCAGCUAGUAAACUAACAGCAGCGGCUAACUUCUCUGAGAGGCGGUCCAUCCAGUGAAACAGGUAUGGGUCCAGGGGGGACCAAGCGCGGCCAUGGGUGCGGAGAGCAGCGCGGUUCGGAGCUGCACCCUGGAGGAGCCGCUCCUGACGCUGCCCUCCGGACUCACCAUGCACUCUGCUGUGCUCCAGGAUGGAAAGCCUGCAUCCGUGUUUGUGCACAAACGGGGAAAUGAAGACAAAGUCAACAAAGCUGCCAAGCACCUGAAGACCUUGAGGCAUCCAUGUCUGUUGCGCUUCCUGUCCUGCUCAGUGCAGGAUGGCGGCAUCCACCUGGUGACGGAGCGUGUGCAACCCCUGGAGCUGCUGCUGGACAGCCUGUCCCCAGAGGAAAUCUGUGCAGGAAUCUAUGACCUCUUGCAGGCACUCGUCUUUCUGCAUGAGAGGGGCAAAUCAAGCCACAACAACGUGUGCAUUUCAUCUGUAUUUGUCAGUGAAGAUGGCCAUUGGAAACUGGGAGGGAUGGAUGCUGUCUGCAAGUUCUCUGAAGCAACUCCAGAGUUUCUCACAAGCAUACAGAAUUUGAGAGAGGCCAGUUGUGUUCCUCCAGAAGAGCAGGUUGAGGGCUUUAAAAUGCUUCCAGAUAAUCAUGCUCACUCUCGGGACUGUUUCUCUUUUGGAAUGAUGGUAGAGACCCUUAUUCCGCUUCUUAAUGGCUACGUGUCACAGGAACUGUCUGACAGUCUGAAGAAGACCCUGCAGGCAGGUCUGCUGAACUCCGACCCUUUGUUGCGCCCUCCACUGAGCUCACUGCUGACUCAUGAUUUUUUCAGGAAUGACUUUCUGGAGGUGAUGAAUUUCCUGAAGAGCCUUACCCUGAAGACAGAAGAAGAAAAAAAUGAAUUCUUCAAGUUUCUUCUAGACAGAGUCCAGAACCUCCCUGGAGAGCUGAUAGCUGCACGCCUUGUCCCCAAACUUCUCAACUCUCUGGUUUUUGCAGAGCCCAUGGCAGUCAAAAGCUUCUUGCCUCAUCUUCUUAGGCCAAAGAAGGAUUCCAGCGGUAGUGGGAGCAGUGAAGAAUGCCUGCUGUCAGUGUCCCUUUACCGUAAACACGUGAUUCCUCAACUUCUCAAGCUCUUCAAAGUCAACGAGGAACACGUUCGGAUCGUGUUACUGGCUCACAUCCACAUCUACGCUGAGUUCUUCUACCACGAUGAACUCAAAAACCAUAUCCUACCUCAGGUUUUGCUGGGAAUGAGAGACACCAAUGAUUCUCUGGUGGCUAUGACACUGCAGAGUCUGGCAGUGUUGGUGCCUUUGCUGGGGGCUCAGGUGGUGGUUGGUGGAGAGAGAACCAAGGUCUUUAAACGCACCACACCCAACUUCAACAAAUCUACAGAGGUCACCCCUGAAACUUCACCUGUCCAUAUUGUUGGAAGCUCCCACCCUCAACUUGCCCAGCCUUCAAAAGUCUUGAAUUUGUUCCCCAGACCAUCAGGGACUGAAGGCCUGGUCCUGGGUAACAUGGGUAGCUUAGUGACUAGCAAGGAGACUACAAGAAAUUACCCUCUAACACCAAAAUCCGAUGUCAGCAAACAGAUGUCGCUACCUUUGAACGGCUUUGGUCAGGGCAGUGAGUUGGAGCCACUUUCUUACAGCCCAGGGCAGGUAGACAGACUCAAAGGUCCAGUGGAAGACUGGCCGAACUGGAGUGACCCUGAGGAGGGUGAGAACCGGGAUGGACAGCCAGUCCAAAUCCACAUUAAGGCUUCAGAGAGAGUGGAUCCAGUCAGCAGCAGACUACCACUCUCACACCAGAACAUGGAAGAGGAGCCAUGGGAUGACUUUGAGGACACUGAACCUACCUCAGAUCUUUCCCCAACAGCUCCUUUAUCAGACCCAGUUAUACUCACUCCACCCAGAGGGGAUGCCACUACUUCUGUGAAACAUGAACCUCUGAGACUGGGAUCCUCCAAACCCCUCAAACUGAGCUCAUCGCUGCGACAAUCCACACAGAGCAAGACCACUUCCACAUGGGACAACAUUUGGGCUCAAGAGGAGAUGGACUCAGAGAAAACACAAAACCCAUCAAAGCCUAAAUCCACAGCGUCACAGAAAAAUGUCGGGAUAGGAGGUUUAGGAGAGGAGUUCACCAUAAGAGUGAAGAAAAAGCUAGAGCAAGACCCAGAGCUGGAUUUGUUUGCAGACAUGGUGCCAGAUAUAAAGCUGUCCUCUCCAAGUCUGCUGCCACUGGAAGAAAGCCGUGUGAGUGAUGCUGGACUGUCAUCAGCCUCAUCAGAAAACACUAAAUCACAGCAGGUGGACUCAUCCAUAGAUACUGUAACUCUCACAGCCAAGUUUGCAGCUACCAGUCUGACUGAGACUGAAACAGAUGGCUGGGGUGAUGAAGAUGACCUUAACUGGGAGGAUGAGAAUGCCUGGUGAUGACGUUUUAGCCGUCUGUCUCAUCUGGAGCGACAAGUUAAAGACUUGAACACUGGAUCAAUCGUAUCCUCCAGAUGCAGCAUUUCACUGACAGUAAACUGGACGUUGCUGCUGUGCACAGAUCCACUUCUCAUUUAACAACAUGAUGCAGUAAGAAUGACAAACAGAAACCACCAGAGUUUUUAUAUCUUAUUAUGUUGGUACCCAGACUUUUAUUAUCAGUUUUUAUUCAUCAAGAUGAUUUGCUUUGGAACUGGAUGCUUAUCAGAUGGUGCUAGACUUGGACAUAAAUGAAGCCAUUCUUAAUUUUUUGCCAACUGAUACCUGUCACCUCAAGAUGAACAAGGAUUGUAAUCAGAGGUGAAUGUCAUCUUGUUUUUAAUUGUUUCUCUAAUUUCUUUUAAAUGUGCCAACAUCACUACUGGCAUGAAAAUCAAGGUACACUUUUUGGCAAGACACCAAAAAGUGUCAGGUUUGAUUUACAGAAGGUUUGCACUUUGAAUGAAUGUGAAAUAAAACUUACAUAAUUUAUUAAUAGCGUUUCGGUUGCUGGUGGAAUAAAGAUUUUACU